AGCGUUCGUUUACCCACUUUUCACGGUUCAACUCGGUUCAAGAGGAAGACGACGACAAAAUAAGAUUCAAUAUUUUAAUCGGUGUGACCUUGUGGAUAAGUCUAAUUCUAUCAAAAAUAUCGCUGCUACGAUUAGUUCAUUUGUUUCGUGAUAAGCCAUACAUACUUUCUUUGAACUCGAAAUUUAGCCGGGUCACCUUCCACCAUUAUCAUCUUGCUUGCCAAUAGUUUGUAUUUUUCAAAGUUUCAGAGUUUUUUGAUCACUAAGCGGGUGGGAUAACAAAAUAUGCGGGGAAACAUGGGUGAAGGUGGUGACAUUCUCUUGGAUGAUUUGGAAGGAUUACUGAGAGAAAUUAAUGAAUUCUCCGCAACUGGGAAUAGCAAGCCGGAAGAUAUUCCACAAUCUAUUGACCGAUACCUUCAAUUUGUUGCAAAGUCUGGGAAUAUCGUCUUCCCGUGGCAGCAUGUACGAUUUUUAUUCAGGGUUAAAAUUCUUCACGCAAUGGAGCAAUUUCCCGGUGAACCGAACCCAAAUAGUGAAUCCUUUGUGAUGGAACGAUUCGAUUUGUUUCGAUCAGCACCAUUUACAAUUCAACGUCUCACAGAGUUGGUCAUGCAACCUACUCGUCAUUACAAAAAGAAGGACAAGUUUUUGAGAGGACUUGAGAAGACUGUGUUAGUCGUAUCCACCGUGGAGCCAUGGUCGUUGGAUGCGGAUAUGAAAAAUGGGAACGAAAGCGGUUCUGAUGGAGAGAUGGAUCAAACAUAUUCCGAUGGAGACGAGAGAAAUUCCAUUGUACAUGAAGUGCAAAAUUUAGUAAACAUCGACCCUCCAGUCUCUGGAACCUCCGUUGUACUGGAAAUGCAGAAUUUAGCAAAUGUCGAUCAUUCAGUCUCUGGAAGCUCUGUUGUACUGGAAAUGCAAACUUUAGCCAGUAUUGACCCUCCAGCACCUGCAAACGCACAGGAAGUGCAAAAUUUAGCAAAUAUCGACCCUCCAGCGCCUGUAAACGUGCAGGAAAUGCACUUAGCAAAUCUGGACCCUCCAUCCACAGCAGAACACAUUGUGCAGGAAAUGUCAAAUUUAGCAAAUAUCGAAGCCCCAGCCACAGUAGACCACGUUGUCCAUGAACCCCAAACUUUAGCUAAUUUGGAUCAUCCAGCCACAGGAGACCACGUACAGGAAUUGCAAAGUUUAGCAAAUAUCGACACCCCAGCCACGGAAGACUCUAUUGCACAGGAAGCCCAAGAUUUAGCAAAUCUGGACCACUCAGGAGACCACAUUAUACAUGAUGUGCAAAAUUUAGCAAAUCUGGACCAUCCAGCCACCGGAGAUAACGUUGUAGAGGAAAUGCAAAAUUUACCAAUUAUCGAUCAUCCAGCCACUGGAGACCUUAUUGUACAGGAAGUGCAAAAUUUAGCAAAUCUCGAUCCUCCAACAAACCCCAUUUUGCAGGAAGUGCAAAAUUUGGCAAAUCUCGACGACGACGCAGCGUUAUUCUCAGAUAAUGUGUAAAUGUUAUAUCUGCAGUAUUAUUACUAUCUUUUCAAUUGUUGUUUAAACCUACCAAAUUAUCACAUUAUGUUGUGAAAGUAAGAGUUAUUAAAAUGUGACUCAAUUCAGAGUUUGAAUUAAUUAAUAAACACAUCAAACAAGUAACUGUAA